AUGUUUCGAGUGCUUUGUUGCAAUAGAUUUGGGUCCUACCAACGUCUUCCCCUCUUCGUUUUAACGUUUACGUACGUGCUGCUCGUUUUGAUUUCAUUCAAGUUAGUGAUUGAACCAAUUCAAAUCUCCUAUCUCAACCUGGAAGAAAGAAAACCAUUAUCAACUUGCAGUUUAACUGCUGAUCUCAGAGGCCCUCACCAAAAGGUUAUUGCUUAUUCCAUUUACGGCGAUUUCUCACAAAACGAAGUUGUCAAUCGAUAUUUAAAGCCUUUAAGAGAGACAAUCAAGACGAUUCCAUCCAUCUAUCCAGGCUGGAUCACAAGAAUUUAUCACAAUCAAACCCAUAACGAUAGUGUAACGUCAGCCUGGACAAUGUUGAGAGAGGAAUUAAAUGUUGGUGCGCACGUAGAUUUAUGCAAUGCAACGAAAAUCCUUCAUAACCAAAAAUUAAACAAAACUACAUUUGCGAUGACCUGGCGCUGGUUACCUCUGCUUGAUGAAAUGGUUGACGCGUUCAUGUCGAGGGACUCUGACAGUCUGAUUAUUCAGCGUGAACAAGAUGCUGUCGCUGAAUGGUUGGCCAGUGAUCGGGUUUUCCACAUCAUGAGAGAUCAUCAUCUACACUGCACUGCCAUACUUGGAGGCAUGUGGGGCGCGAAAAUUAGCCAAGAUCGUUCCAGAAUCGCUGCAGCUUCGUACCAAAUUUUUAAAGAGGAUCAUCGCAUCAAAUAUGGUUACGAUCAGCUCAUGUUAACAAAAUACAUGUGGCCAAUUGCUAGGAAUAACUUGAUGGCUCACGAUAGCUAUUGCUGCAAAAUAUUCCCACAUGCCCGGCCGUUUCCCACAAAGAGAAGUGGUGUCCUUUUCAUCGGAAGCAGAGGACUACCACACGAAGGCCUGAAAUUCCCAUGUCCCAGAAAAUGUCGUCCAUCAAAUGCCACCACACCUGAUUGGAAUUUCUGUUGAAUUUUUGCCUACCACAUUGCUAUGGGUUGGAAUUACAAAUUUCAAAUAAGGCUACACUAAUCCACCAGCUUCGAACAAAAUUAUUUCAAACUAAUUAAUGAAGUCAAUUUUGAAAACCUUCAGUUAUACUUACAGGUGUUUGAAGAUUCUUGUUGGCAUUCUUUUGUAGCAUAAACUAUUGUAGUUUUUGAAAUACAAUAUUUUAUGAGCUUCA